GACAGAAAGGAGGGUGUAUUAUUGUUGAUUCGACUAGAAAAGGAAAGAGAUUUCCGGAUAGCAUGUCAAAAACAAUCCCCAUUUGGACUUGUGUUUUGAAUCGCUCCAUUCUUAACCAUAUUAAUAAAAUGCGUGAUAAUGGGACGAUGAUGGAAGAGGAGAUGGAUACCUCUGAUGAUGCUGAAAAUAAAAGACUGGCUUCGCAGAAUUGGGACUGUUCUUUGCAUCUUCCCCUUUGGGUUUCUGAAACAGAGAAAGCAGCUAUUGAGGACCGUAUAGAAGAGUGGACAAAACAGAUGGAAGAUAGUGGAGCUGAUAUUGCUUUAAUCGCAUCAUGCUUGAAAAAGCCUCUUCGACCUUUAUGGAUAUCGCAAAAGACUGUAAUCUGGUUGAAUGAAGUACCGGAUCAUGAUUCCUGGGAUUUCACGCCUAUUAUACUUGUUUCAGCGUCUUCCUCAAGCAGCAUUUAUCAGCAUAGGACUACAUCUGAGUUUAGCUGGAAUUAUAUAGCAGGAGCUGGAGAUGAUGAAGAAAGUUGGGCAAGGUGUCUGUCCCCUAGUCUUUUCUGGCAUCAUGCAUAUGAUAUAAUAAGUUCAGGUCCUGAUCUGUGUAACCAAAAGGUAGCUGAUAUUGUUGAGAAGGACAGAGUGUAUCGUGCUCAAAGGGGACAGACUGCUCCUCAGGUGACUGUGAAGCCUUCUAGGGUGUCAGACAGCACUUCUGAUCUUUCUGAAAUAGAACAUUCAUUAUAUUUGAAUCUUUAUAACCACAAUGGCACUCUGGAGUCGUGUGAUGAAGAUCAGGCAGUGUUUUGGCUAGGCUCUACUAAUCUUGCAGUGGGUACAACUCAACUCGCUGCACAUGUGUCUGAUGUUGAUUGUAUCUUGAACUGUGAUCAAAAUUCUUGCUCAGUCUGUCUACAAGAUAGUGAAGCAUAUUUGCAUCUUCCUAUGGUGAGCUCAAAACUUGAUCGAUUUUCCAUAUUAAGCAAUCUUCCUGCAGCAGUGAACUUUGCAAAAGUGAAUCUUAGCAAGGGGAAUAAACUUCUAGUUUGUUGCUGCAAUGGGGAAGAUAUCAGCAUAUGUGUUUGUCUGGCAAUUUUGACAUCAUUAUUCAGUGACGCGGGCCAAUGGAUUUUCUAUGAUACCGACAUAUAAUUGGGAUACCAUUGUCAAUUUCAUUUGAUUUGCUGUCACCUGUCAGUUUCGUGUGCUCCUUCAAUCAUAUCAGAAGAAUUUAGAAGGUUGCUUUCAGUUUCUCAAGCAUUUUCGAACUUUCUGAUUUCUCAAUAGGAACCUUUGACGAUGGCGAAUCCUUUCACAAUACCUGUAUUACUAAGUGGGAGAUGCGAAGGCGACUUGUUUUUAUAUGCAAAUUUGCAGUAAGUGCUCGACCAUCUAGGGGAAAUUUGAAGCAGGUUUUCGCAUUUCUUACUGGACAAAGGUCACCCUCUUCUGGUCCACAGUAUAGGGAUGCUAACCAGGAAGAACAUUGCCAAAUGGGAUGAGUGACUUUAUCUAUAAAUUCAACGUAGAAGCACAAUCACACUAUGGAAAUUCGAAAGAUGCCUUGCUGGAAAAAGAUUGGUUUCUUCAUUUUCUCAUUAUAGGGAUACUCAUCAAGAGGUAUGAUUUUAUCCCCUUCGAAACCAGCGGUUAACAAGUCACUUUCAGUUGUAACUUAUAUGUAAGCUGUUGUUGUCAAGAAGUCACUAAUACUAGUUUUUUUCGAACUUAU